AUGACUAAGCUAUUUGAUUGGAAGAACAGUAUAUCAACAAUUAGCGAACCAACAACUAAUAGUACACUGAUGAAUUUGCCCUAUCCAAGCUCUACAUUUAGCAUAUCGAAAGAUACAAGUUAUCAACCAAAAUCAAAUAUGCAUAGUAUGAGUUAUGCAUCUGUAACUCGCGUUAGUCUGAUUGACAAACCAUUAGCAAGUGAAGAAAACAAAAAUAUUAAACUUCCAAAUGUCAAUGAUGACAUUGAAUUAACGAAAACUAGUACUAAGAAAAACUCGUCUUCAAAGAUAAUCAGAUUAUCGAGAGGAAAUUCAAUAGGACCAUAUGAUAACAGUAUCAAAGCAUCAAAAUUAGCUCUUUCAUCUCAACCGAAUACACAGAUAACAGAUGAAUUAUUUUCAAAAACACAAUCAACUGGUUCAGUUAGUGUAAGCAGAGUGAAUCAAUCAAGUUUACCAAAAAAGAAUAGUUUAUCACACAUGGCGAAUGAUGGUUUAUUGCCAGUUAAGAAAGGACAAACUGGAGUAACGAGUACGACUGUGUUGCCUCAAUCAAAUGUGGCAUCUUACAUGCCUAAUGAAGGUAAUGCCAAAGCGGCUAAAUUAUCAAAAUCAAUAAACAUUCAAAAAAAUUUGUUGCCCACCAGUAGUCAAAAACAGCAUGGCAAAGCCAAUGUUUCAAACAAUGGUGUAAAAAAUAUAUCUGUUACUGUUAGCAAAUCAUCUCGUGGAAAAUUAUCUACAAAUACAUAA